GAAGGUUCAAAUACAACUGUUGCCUCCAAUACACUGUUAGUUUCCACUAAGACAAAUGGAUCGAUGACAACUGAAGGUCCAAAUACAACUGUUGCCUCAACUACACUGUUAGUUUCCACUAAGACAAAUGGAUUGAUGACAACUGAAGGUUCAAAUACAACUGUUGCCUCCAAUACACUGUUAGUUUCCACUAAGACAAAUGGAUCGAUGACAACUGAAGGUCCAAAUACAACUGUUGCCUCAACUACACUGUUAGUUUCCACUAAGACAAAUGGAUUGAUGACAACUGAAGGUUCAAAUACAACUGUUGCCUCCAAUACACUGUUAGUUUCCACUAAGACAAAUGGAUCGAUGACAACUGAAGGUCCAAAUACAACUGUUGCCUCAACUACACUGUUAGUUUCCACUAAGACAAAUGGAUUGAUGACAACUGAAGGUUCAAAUACAACUGUUGCCUCCAAUACACUGUUAGUUUCCACUAAGACAAAUGGAUCGAUGACAACUGAAGGUCCAAAUACAACUGUUGCCUCAACUACACUGUUAGUUUCCACUAAGACAAAUGGAUUGAUGACAACUGAAGGUUCAAAUACAACUGUUGCCUCCAAUACACUGUUAGUUUCCACUAAGACAAAUGGAUCGAUGACAACUGAAGGUCCAAAUACAACUGUUGCCUCAACUACACUGUUAGUUUCCACUAAGACAAAUGGAUUGAUGACAACUGAAGGUUCAAAUACAACUGUUGCCUCCAAUACACUGUUAGUUUCCACUAAGACAAAUGGAUCGAUGACAACUGAAGUUUCCACUACGAUAAAUGGAUCGAUGACAACUGAAGGUCUAAAUACAACUGUUGCCUUAACUACACCAUCAGUGUCCACUACGACAAAUGGAUCGAUGACAACUGAAGUAUGA